AUGAUCCGCGCAUCUGAAGCAUGGGAUUUCAGCUGGAUGGCGGCGGCCGUGCAGAGCGUGGAGACGUAUGAGGCAGCACUUAAAACUGCGGAGUUCCCCAGCUUGAUAUUGGCGGCGCUGGUCGAGUUACUACAGGCACCGGAAGCCAAUGCUUUGCAACUGCAAGAACUAAGCGACGUCUUGCUGCAGAUGAUCGCGUUCCCGAUUGACUUGGAACUUCCCCGAGACACGUUGACAACGCUGCACUCAAGUCGGGACUGGGCCAUUCAAACGCUGCUAGGCAUUCAAGUGGCUCAGUCUCGGGAUUUAGAUGGAGACGUACUGCCACAUCCGACCAUGUCCAAAUCACUACAGCAGAUGCAGAAUAAACUGUUCGUGUCAGCGCCAUACAGACAGGUCAACGCACAGAUGGAACUGCUUCAGUCACUGCUCGGAACGUUGCAAACCGAGGAGGAGACGGACACACUCUCUUACGUACUGGAAAUGUGUGCUGAUAGUCUGGAGAGUGACGACCUGUUCCUGCAGUUUACAGAGGCGGCGUUAUCGGGGAAGACCAACGCGAUGACUUUUGGUAGUGCCUUCCUCCAACGACUAUUUGAUAGGAGAUCCAUACAACUGCAGGCAGAUGUGCGCAAAAUUCGACGUCUGUUUGAUGCGUUGACACUCGAGAGCAAAGUUCGUGUGUGGGCGAAUCACCUUCCGAGUUGGUGCUCACAUUUGCAGACGUGGAUGCUGCAGGCUCACAGAGCGCCAUUCAAGCCGGUGAGCGCUGUGCUGCCUGAUGGCUUGUGGCUUGCGUGUGAAUCUCGUGCAGAUCCCGUUGCUGUGACGGCACAUUGUCGUCGAUAUUCGCACCUGUACGUGACGUUUGUUGAGUGGUGCAGGGAUCAUGUCGAUCUGCUCUCGUCCUGCCGCAGCAUGGAGUUAGUGAGUGUGAUAUCACAAAGCGCAAGACAAGCAGGUGCCGCGCGACUAUUUCACCGUGAAUUACUGAGCCAGAUCCCACUAGGAGAUUGGCCACAGAACCAGCGAGAACGAGCAUUCGUCAAAUUGGCUAGUACUCUCGAACGCCUCCAGGCAACACGAAACACUUCAGACGUUGUAUGGCAGUACGAGUGGAUUGGAGUACUAGAACGGCCUCACUUACUUCAUGAGGCACAGGAACUAGCGUUCAAUGGGAACAAUAGUCUCGAAGGCGAGCAGGGGUUGUCCACCGUGCGCUCCUCUGCCCAGUUUCUUGGCUGGUUUUACUCCUUCUCUAACUCCGAAUCGGCCGAUGAGAUUUCCACCCUGAUCACAACGAUAGCGUCGGAGCUAAAGGUGUCAGAUUUUCGAAGUGGAGUACAAUGGCUUCGACGCAGUCGCGCUGAUUUUGGAACUCUUCCCGUCUUGCGUCUUCGUCUUGUGUGGUUUUGGCUCCUGAAAAGCAUCGAGAUCGCGUUGCAGACGAGUGAGAAUCACGCUACGGCAGCUACGACCGAAGUUCUUGAGUCGGUCGAGUAUGUUUUUCGACGGUUUACACCGCCCAGGGCCAAGAGGGCAUUUCAAGUGGAGCUCGUGGCGCACCUUCUCGUUGAGCUUGAGUGGCGCAUAUCAAACACGAACGUGAAUGUGAAAGAAAGGUUUUUGAAUGCGCUGGAGCCGCUCUGUGCAUGGCUCCUGAAGAUCGUGCGCUUGAUGCAGCUCGAGGAGCAAUCCGCGCAGCAGAAGGACUCAAGAAAUCGAUACAGCAACCGCAGAAGCCCAGCAAAUGAUAUGCAACAAUUGACUGAGCGAAUUGAGCAGUUUUCUCACUGA